UGGAAGCUAGCUAAGAACAGAGCAGAGAGUGUGAAGUAGAAGAAAAAAAAAUGAUAAUCUUACUAAAUUAAUUUCAAUCUUAACCUAUAGUUAAGAUUGAAUCAUUAAGCUGAUCAAAUCUGAUUUUGAUUCUCCAGUUUGCGAGAUUAAAUUAAACACAUUUACUUAAUUAGUUUAUCCAAUUUGUUUGUGAAUAAUAUAUUAAAAAUAGUAGAAUGACGGAGUCACCGGAGAAUUGUAGUGUGAAAGUGGCAGUUCAUAUACGGCCGCUUAUCGCCGAUGAGAGAAUUCAAGGUUGCAAAGAAUGUGCUACUGUUACUCCUGGAAAACCACAGGUGCAAAUUGGUACACAUUCUUUUACAUUUGAUCAUGUUUAUGGAAAUGGCGGUUCUCCAUCGUCUUCCAUGUUUCAAGAAUGUGUUGCUCCACUUGUUGAUGGACUAUUUCAAGGUUACAAUGCUACAGUACUUGCAUAUGGUCAGACUGGAUCAGGGAAAACAUAUACAAUGGGAACUGGCUUUAAAGAUGGCUGCCAGAAUGGAUUGAUUCCACAAGUUAUGAAUGUAAUUUUCAACAAGAUUGAAAAAUUAAAGCAUCAAAUCGAAUUCCAGUUGCACGUGUCUUUUAUAGAGAUUUUAAAGGAAGAAGUAAGAGACUUGCUGGAUUCUGUUUCUUUGAACAAUAUAAUGCUUGCUAAUGGACAUUCUGGGAAAAUUUCUGUUCCGGAGAAGCCUCCUAUACAAAUUCGUGAAUCAUCAAAUGGAGUUAUAACUCUAUCAGGAUCAACUGAAAUAGCUGUUAGUACAUUACAGCAAAUGGCUGCUUGCCUGGAUCAAGGAUCAUUGAGUAGAGCAACCGGAAGUACAAAUAUGAACAGUCAGUCUAGUCGGUCGCAUGCAAUUUUCACCAUCACUUUAGAACAGACGCGCAAACUGCAUUCAGUUUCUCCUAUUAAUGACACUCCAGAUGAGGGUUUGGGGGAAGAGUAUUUCUGUGCAAAGCUUCAUUUGGUAGAUCUAGCCGGAUCUGAACGGGCAAAAAGAACUGGUUCUGAUGGUCUACGUUUGAAAGAAGGUAUACACAUAAAUAGGGGGCUUCUUGCACUUGGGAAUGUCAUCAGCGCACUUGGAGAUGAGAAAAAGAGAAAAGAAGGAGUGCAUGUUCCUUACAGAGACAGCAAACUUACUCGACUCUUGCAGGAUUCACUGGGUGGAAACAGUAAAACUGUCAUGAUAGCUUGCAUCAGUCCUGCUGAUAUCAAUGCUGAGGAAACUCACAACACACUGAAAUAUGCAAAUCGUGCUCGAAACAUUCAGAAUAAGCCUGUUGUUAAUAGAGAUCUAAUAUCCAAUGAGAUGCAACAGAUGCGCCAGCAACUAAAGUUCUUACAAGCAGAACUUUCUGCUCGUGGGGGAAGAACUCCAUCAGACGAAGUCCAGGUCCUGAAGGAAAGGAUUGCUUGGCUUGAGGUUACAAAUGAGGACCUUUCUCGAGAACUUCAUGAAUAUCGCAGCCGUCGUGCUGUCGUAGAGCAGUGUGAAAUCAAUUUCCUAGAAGGCUGUGCCUCUUUAGCAAAAAGUGAUGGACUGAAGAGAAACUUUCAUAGUAUGGAUUCAUCUGAUUAUCAAAUGGAUGAAGACAUGUCAGGUGAAAGUUCCGGGGAAAUUGAUGAAGCAACAAGGGAAUGGGAACAUGCUCUCAUGCAAUGUACCAUGGAUAAAGAAUUAAAUGAACUAAACCGAUAUUUGGAGCAAAAAGAGUCUGAGAUGAAACUUUUUGGAGGACUCGACAUGGAAUCUUUGAAACAACAUUUUAGGAAAAAAAUCAUGGAACUUGAAGGAGAGAAAAGAAUUGUGCAGCAAGAGCGUGAUCAUUUGUUGGCUGAAGUUGAGACCCGUUCAGCUAAUUCCGAUGGACAAAUACAGAAAGCACAGGACGGUCAUUCACAGAAGUUAAAAGCACUUGAGGCACAGAUUUUAGAUCUUAAAAAGAAGCAAGAAAGCCAGGUUGAGCUUUUAAAGCAAAAGCAAAGAAGUGAGGAAGCAGCAAAGAGGCUGCAAGCUGAAAUACAACAUAUCAAGUCUCAAAAGGUCCAGUUGCAGCAUAAAAUGAAACAAGAGUCGGAACAAUUUCGACAAUGGAAGGCCUCUAGAGAGAAGGAAGUGCUGCAGUUGAGGAAGGAAGGCAGGAGAAACGAGUAUGAGAGACAUAAACUUGAAACUCUGCAUCAACGGCAGAAACUGGUUCUUCAAAGAAAGACAGAAGAGGCAGCAACAGCUACCAGAAGGCUAAAGGAGCUUCUGGAAGCUCGCAAAUCUUUUGCACGAGAGACCUCAAUUACUACUAAUGGACAUAUGUCAUCUAGUCAGGGAAAUGAAAAAUCUUUGCAGAGGUGGCUUGAUCAUGAGCUAGAACUAAUGAAGAAAGUUCACGAAGUUCGUUUUCAGUAUGAGAAGCAGAGAAAAGAACAAUCUGCAAUGGCAGAGGAGUUGACCUUGUUGAAACAAGCAGAUCAGUGUGGUCCUAAUGAGCAAAGUCCACAUAGAGUGAUAAAUGGACAUUCUAGAAUAUUGGCGAUGUCACCAAAUGCAAGAAUGGCAAGAAUAGCUUCUUUAGAGAACAUGCUGACUGUAUCUUCAAAUGCAUUGAUGGCAAUGACUUCACAACUUUCGGAGGCAGGCGAAAGAGAGCGUUCCUUAAAUGGUCGUGGACAUUGGAACCAAUUACGCUCAAUGGGAGAAGCUAAGAAUCUUCUUCAUUAUAUGUUUACUGCUGCUUUGGAAGCAAGUUGCCAGCUUUGGGAUAAAGAUGCGGAAAUCAAGAACCUAAAAAACCAAUUGCAUGAAUUUGUAACCUUACUUCGACAAAGUGAGUUCCAGAGGAAAGAACUUGUGAAGGAGCAAAAGAUGAGAGAACAAGCUGUUGCUAUUGCCCUUGCUACAUCAUCUUCGGGUAACUCAAGCAGUUCAUCCAAGCACUAUUCGGGAGAUUUGGGUGGUCCCUUGUCUCCAAGAUCACUUCCAGCACCAAAACAACUGAAAUUUACACCUGGGAUUGUUAAUGGGUCUGCCAGAGAAUCGGUGGACUUUCUAGGUCAGACACGGAAGAUGGUGCCAGUUGGACAAUUGUCGAUGAAGAAACUGGUAGCAGUUGGGCAGACUGGAAAACUCUGGAGGUGGAAGAGAAGUCAUCAUCAGUGGCUGCUACAGUUCAAAUGGAAGUGGCAGAAGCCGUGGAAGCUCUCAGAAUGGAUAAAACAUAGCGAUGAGACAAUCAUGAGGUCAAGGCAUCGCUCACAGGCCCUUCUUGAUGUAAUUUGAAGAUUCUACCUUCACCAGCUCUCUUCCUGCUGCAUAUACAACUUGUUUGCCAUCAAUGCUCCAAUACGUGGCUGAAUGGGAUCUAGAAUGUGCAAAGGCUUGCUGUAUCUUGGGAAGAUGGUGCGUUCUCCAUAGCUAGAAGCAGUGAUGGGGGGGAUGAGGCUCGUGCUGUAUUUGGUCUGAAUUGGCAGUUCUCUAACAUCCUAGGAUCUCGUAAUGCUGAUAGGCUCUGAAAAGGUUGUGGAAAAUUAUAACUGGUCGAGUGAGUGCACAUGAUCAUCUAUAGCGGAAGAAUUAGGGCGUUGAUUUUUACUGCAUGAUUUAGAUUAUUUUUUCUUGUUAAUUUUGUUAUAUUCUUGCCAUGAUAGUAGAUGGGAAGAAAUGAUUCCACCAACUGUGGAUUUUGUGUAAAAGUUUGAUCUCAUAUGUAAUUAUGAUUUUGUUGUGAUUUAUUCAUGUAUUAUUGUUCUUCCA